CUGGCAGAUUUGGGCCUGUCCACGUUUCUGGGAGGCUGACAGUCUGGGGCAGGAUCUGGGGAGUCAGGGAGCACCCCAGCUUACUUGGCCCCAGAACUGUUGGCUGAUAUAAACUGGAAGGCCUCCAUGGCCAGUGAUCUUUAUGUCUCCUGCAACUUCGGGAUCCUAAUGUGGGCAGUGCUAGCCGGAAGAGAAGCUGAGAUAGUGGACCAUAAAUCACUGCUGCGGGAAGCAGUGUGUGAGAGGCAGAUCCGGCCUGCAUUGACUGAGCUGCCCCAGUCUGGCCCUGAUCCUGGCUUGGAAGUACUGAAGGAUUUAAUGCAGCACUGCUGGAGCCAUGAGCCCCAGAAGAGGCCCUCCUUCCAAGAAUGCCGACCAAACACCCAGAAAGUCCUCGAUCUGGUAAAGAAAGGAGAUGUAUCUGGUAAAAAGAUGAAUGCUGCAGUCUCCACAGUAAAGGAGUUCCUGUCUGAGCACAGGGGCGGCAGCAGGUUGUUGUCUGUCCUCAAGCCAGGCCUGGAAAGUACAGAAAUGGAUGGCCCUGGGGGAACCACAGGAAGCCAUGAUUCCAUGGUCUCUGAAAUGAUGAACCUGAAUCUGGAGGGGUACCCCAGGUCUGUUCCUGAAAAAUGUACAAACCUUCCUGAGAGCAUCAGGGCCCAGAGAGGGCAAGUUCAGCCUGCCUGGACAGCAGAGACCUCUUCAGAUUCAACAGCCUGACCUCCUCAAAAUCCAGAGACCUUACCUGUCAGAAACCAGAAGCCCAGCCCUACCUCAGCUUGGACCCCAGGUCCUGGACCCCAGGGGUAUCGGGGGGCUGAGAGACGUGACACCAACUGGCCUCCCAGGGCGCCAGGGCCAAAUCCAGUACCAGGGCCACGGUUUCCUACCAUACUUCAUAGCCAAGGGGUACAGAUUGGAAACAACAACCAUAUGAUUAUACAAGGAAGAACUUCCUCAUCCGUGCAGGGCCUGGCACCUCGGGGCAUGGAUAGGGGCCCCCAGCGCACCCCCCAAGGAAUAGGUUCAAAAGAAGGACGCUGGUGUCUGGGAGCGGACAACGACGACGGGUCCACAAAGCUACACGCAGAUGUGCCCCUCCCCUGGAGCUGGACACCACUGGAGUAUGGACCACUCAGAUACGGCCACAGCGCUGCCAUCUAG